AUGGACGGCAAGACGAAGCUCAACCAGGAGCACUUCGACAACGAGGCAGCAGACUAUGACGCGAAGCAUGAGAAGACCAUAGACGAGAUAGCUCGGCGGAUCGAGGCACGAAUGGCCCUCAUCGGCGUCGAAUGGAUCGAGGACGACAGCUCCGACGCAGAGGGCGACACGGCUCCCGGGCGGGCCGUGAGAGUGCUUGAUUACGCCUGUGGCACCGGUUCGAUGUCUAGAGCCUUUGCGCCGUACACCACUCAGUGCGUGGGCAUUGAUCUCUCCGAGAAGAUGGUAGAGGCAUACAAUACGCGUGCCCGUAACCAGGGCCUGUCUGAGGGCGAGAUGGUCGCGUUCCACGGCAACCUCUGCGUGCCAGAGGACGAGGACCCAGAGGCCUUCCGCGACGGCAGGUUUUCCGGGUUCGACCUUGCGGUCGUGGGGCUGGGCUUCCACCACUUCGACGACCCGGACCUCGCGGCCAAGCGACUCGUGGCCCGGCUGAGGCCCGGCGGCGUGCUGAUGAUCAUCGACUUCCUGCCACACGCGCCGCAUGGACAUGAUCAUCACCAUGAUGGCACCCACGCUCAUGGUCAUGGGCACCAUGGCGUCGAUUCCGACGAGGGUGCAGACGAGAAGGCACUGAGGACUGUUACGCACCAUGGGUUCUCGGAGGAGCGCAUCAGGGAGGUGUUUGUUGGUGCUGGGGCGGGUAAGGACUUUGCUCUUGAUGACAUGGGGCAGGUGAAGUUUGGGGAGAAGCUUGGAAAGAGAACUCUUUUCAUGGCAAGGGGUACCAAGGGGUGA